AGAACUUCAGAUUUGGCUCUAUUUGUGCAACGUUGUUGUUUGGUUUUUAAAAACUGCAGGUAAUUUAUUUUUGGAACAUUUUGAUUUUUGAUUCUAUUUUGGUGUGGCACUGUAGUUACAGUGCUGCUUAAAAAUAGACACGUCACACGUCGUUAUAUUUUGGCCGUAUGAUCGUUAUACUUUUGUUGUUACGUUAAUUCUCUCCUGUUAUGUGCUGUUGUUGACUACUCACUGAAACUUCGAGGCAUAGUCACGAUAGUGCCUGGCACUGCCUGCUAAUGAGAUUUGCCAGUUUCAGUUGACUUUAAGCACUGUUGUUUAAGUCAACGGAUCUACUAACGAUACCUUUACAUGGAUACUGGAAUGAUGGAGAUUUAGCACAUUUUAGAAAGCGGAAGCGUCAAACAUGGCCACCAGACGAAAUCUUCCCCAGUCCGAAUACGCGAAACAGCGCAAAAAUCUGCUUCGCGUUUGUGGAAUGGCUUUGAAAAGUGUAGUGGAUAAAUACUGUUUCGAAGGUGUGCUUAGCGAUGCGGAUACGGAUGUGCGAAAUUUACUGGUUAUUCUGGAGAAUAUCUUAAUGCAUCGGUGCAAAUCUCAAGGAGUGAAGUGGUUUUCGGAAGAGACCCCUUCAUUUUGGCCCUGCGUAGUUGCGUUGUGCUCCAAGAUGAAGCGCAGUUGUGUGCCGUGCAUUGCCGAAAUGGGCAGCAGUUUUUCGGGAUUAGCACUGGGGCGUAUUUUUCUCCAAAUGGCACUGAUGGAGCGUCGGCUGUCGGAAUAUCUCGGUGAAAUGGUGGCCUCGGAAUCCCGAGAUGCCAUGCUCCGGACAUACGAAGCCGAUGCGUUCAUGCUGAAGGACGAAGGCGCUGCACUACCGCACAUGUGUUUGGGACUGAAUGCUAUCGACUUCAGUUUUUGUCCAAAAGGGGAAGCCCUGACAUAUCCAUAUGUGCCAUGCAUUGAUUUUGCACCGUACUUGGAUUUUACGCCAUGUUCUCAAGCUGUUCUGGAUGACGAACAUGAACAGGCUGUUUUGAAUGGUGAAAUCGAAAGAACGGAAAUCUGCACCGAUCAACAAGGCCCGGCAAAUGAGGCCGAUUGGAAAACAAAAUAUCAGAAAUUAUACCUUAAAUUCAAAGAUCUCUCCCAUCAGAAGAAUUAUGCCGAAGAAAUGCUAAAUCUCAAGCAAGAACGCAUCGAAAAAUUGGAGAGCGAACUAGCGAAUUAUCGCGUUGAUCUGGAUACGGAGCGGAUAUCCCAUCAGCGCGAUGUCGGCAGCCUCCAGGAAGUAGUCAUGGAGUUGCAGACCCAAAUUCGAUCAGGACGAGAAAGAAGUGUCAGUGAUCGACGCCGUUUGGAACUGUAUCUCACAGGUCUCUCAACGAGUGGGAAAUUCCAUGAAGCUAUUGCACUGGAAGACAUGACGCAUCAGCGAAGAUUGUCGCUCACCAGCAGCUUUGAUAACGGUCGUCAUGGGUCGCCUUAUGGUAGCCUCUGUGAUGGUGUGGACAGCGUCCGAGAAGGAGUGGAUGCACUGGAACGGCUUGUCUGUACGCCGUCGCAUCCGGGAAAACGCCUCGACCGUGAUUCUGACAGCUUGCGACCUCUUUUUGGCUCUUCGUCCGAUGUUUCGUUGCUAGAUAAUUGAGUUGGUCGCACUAUAUUUUCCAGUAUUUUACUUUUUAUUGAAAUUUUUCGGUGUUUUAAAAGAUUCGCCUUUUUGAGUUUUGAUUCGGCUUCCGCUUUUAAUGUGAUCUUGAAAUGUUUUGGCUUGCCUGCAUGCCAAACAGCUCACACCUUUUUUGUGGCUUUCUGUUUAAUAGCUCAACGUGGAUACCAUCACGUCUUUGCUUUGUUCCACAUUUCUUUCUGAUCGGUUGAUGGCAGAUGAACAGAAUAAUUUUGAUAAGCGAAUUAUACGUUUUUCUGGAUCUUGCUCGCGUAACUUUGAUUUUUAUCCCAUCGAGGUAACUGUAAUCAUUUUAAUUUACUUUUAUCUGGGUGCUUCUCGGCGUAGUCAAAAGAAAACUGUUUGUAUUUGCAUGUA